AAGUGUUCAAUAAAAAGUGAUCAGUGCAUUCGUGCACGAAACAGAUAGUGUGCAAUAGUGUUGCGUGGUGACAUUCUAGCUUCUGUAAAAAAAAAAAUGUCCAAAAGACAAAACCAAAAACGUGAUGAUGAUGAGACAACCGGAUCUGCAAGUAAGAGAGCCCGCAUUACUCCGGGAACCAAUUACACGACUGAGAACCCACCGGCGUCGUGUGGAUUGAAAAACACCUUGCACGGUAAUGUAUUUCAACUGAAACUGUUGAUGCUUUUCUUGCUUCGGGGGAUUGGGGCCGGUUUCCAGUUUCGCUUGGGAACGGAAAUCCCAGGAAUGGGCGGCAAAUUUGAUGAUUUGAUUUUCAAGUUCAAGAAUGUCAGGAAUACUAAUGAAGCUAAAUCGUCUGAUGAACAAACAGAGAGCUAUCGAUUCUUGCAGGCCAAACACAAACAGAAUGAAGAUAAGGAAAAAAUCACGGCAGCUGAUCUACUCAACGACAAUGACGGGGAAUUUAGUCUCCCGAAAUAUUUCCGUUCGUACUGUCGCGAUAUAAUUAAAGGGACUGAAGGAAUUCUCCCGGAAAAUGUGCACGACUGCAUCAUUUGCACCAACAUUGGCUUUGACAGUGAGGAAAAGCUCAAGAAUAGUGGAAUAAUAUUGAUACGUCAGAAUGGCAAGGACGAAGUUUUGACGUUCGAUAAAGUGGCAAAUCUCAAUAAAAUACCGACUCUUUAUAAGUUGCGAAAAACGGACGACUUGAGUCGAAUAAUGGCAGGGUGGUCAGAGGUUCAUCUUCUGGCUAAAUCGUUACUCGACUACGUCACUGAUAAAAAACAAUUGACCCUAAGCUCACCCAUAUUCAAAAGUUACCACGUUGCUUUGGUUGAAGAAAAAGUGAUUGACAAAGGAGAAGGUAAACUUUGCGCAUCUUUUAUGAAAGGAGUUAACAGUCGGUUCCGUGAAAUACUAUCCGAGUUAACGUUCGUUAAAUACUGGGAAAAAUUGUCGUUUAAAUCGGAAAACAAGAAAACAAUUCGGGCUGAUGGCACUAAGAAACUAACUCUGUUUGACGGCACGUCUAUCGAAAAACAUCUGCCGAAAUAUUCCACUACGAUGGAAUUUGAUUUUCGCGUCUUUCAGGACUAUUACAAAGAUUUAGUCACAGAGAAAGUUAUUGUUCCAGAAUGGCGAACGAAAACUAAGAAACCUUUUACUAAAGAGUUCAUUAGGGGAAUAAAUCAAACUCAAGAGGGAUUGCAAUUUCGAAAAAAACUUUGCAAUGCAGUUUUUAUUCACUAUUGGAAAGACUUGACUAUCCAAGUAAGCGGAAAUUUUGGAAUAAAACCAUCCGAUUACUCUGAUACUAAAUCGCUCGAAAAUUUUGCUGGCGACGAGGAAAUUGGCGAUUUCUUGGACAAGCUCGUCUUUGCCGUUCACACACCAAACGAAGUGGAACUAGAUGACAUACUGAAAAAUGAAGUGGGGAAUUAUUACAACCUACACGAAAACGAUUUCCAGUCGGAUUUUAUCUUGAGAAAGAUGUUGGACUGGUUCAAGGAGAAAGACUCGAAAUUCAUGUCAUCGGAAGAAGGAAAAAAUAUUUUUAAAGAAGGUAAAAAGAAGUUGAAGUCAUUGCGAGUGACGGCCAUUUCAAUCGACUACCAAAAUCAGCUGAAGGAAGUGCUGGAAUUCAAUGAUAAGGCAGUUGAGGAGAUGAAAGAUAAAAUUAGUAAGAUGUUGAUAUCACCAGAUAGAAUCAGGCGUAUCGCUACUUCAUUACCGAAACGAACAGCCGUUAAAGUCAUUGCGGCACUUGAAAUGCUCAGAAAAGAAAAAACCGUCACCUAUCACACAAGGAUGAUGCAAGAAUAUUUCCAGUAUGAGGAUAGCUACUUAGUGACGUCAUCAAGUCGCCUACAAAAAAACUGUUCAAAAUUCAAAAAGACACUCAAGUCGGAACAUUCUCAUAAUCUUCUUGUUGUCGCUUGCGAGGACGGCCGUUCGACGGAAAAUGAAGACGAAUUCUAUCAAAAGCUCAUGGGAAAGAUGCUGAAUAAGAGGAUCAUUAUCAUUAGUCAAAGCAAAGAUGAAGUGGAAGAUAAAUUGAACUUUGGCGACCUAAGUGAUAAAUCCAAAAGAGCCUUACUUGAAAAGCAAAUAGAUUUUCAAGGUACGUCACAAUCACAAUCUGUGGGAGAUUUAAUUAAAAGGGGCGAUACAACUUUAGCCAAUCUAAUGCAAAAUAGGGACCUAGGAAACGUUAUUGAUUUUAGUUCAAUCGAAGAAUUAAUAAAAACAAGUACAAUCAAAAUUCCUAAGUGCAGCUCUGCACGUUUCGAGCCAGAACUUUACGUCGAGAGGCAAUUGGAGUUUCCCUGGAAAAACAGUUUUUAUGAUCCACUGGUUAAGAGUUUGAAAUGCACGAAAGAUGAACUCCAGAAAGAGUGCACCGUCGAUUCGCGAGGAUACAUCCAUUGGUUAACUGCGGAAGAUAGCCGCAAAAAAGAAAUAUGGGAACAAAUGAAAAAUAUUUUGGGAAAAAAAGGAAAAUCGUCGAACAGUGUCAUCGCAGAGAAAAACCUGAUAGAUAAUAAAGAAAGAAGGAAAGGUCAAGUGUUCAUUAUAUCCGGUAUAGCUGGAACCGGAAAAUCGACAACUUUGUCCAAUUAUUACGAAAAAAUAAAAAGAGACAACCCGGAUAUGUUGGUAAUCAGAAUUGAUUUGGUGGAUUACAAUAAAGAGCUUGCGGAAUUUAAUUUUUCUCUAGAUAAUGAGUCAAGCGCUAAUACAUUUUUCGCAAACAUUUUUGCCAAAGACAGUCCUUUAACGCGUUCGCUUUUGAGUCAUCGGUUUCAGACGGACGGUCGAAUCGUCGUCAUGUUGGACGGAUUAGACGAAAUUGACGAUAAACUCCACGCGAAAGUGUUUCAGUUGAUUAAAGCUGUUACAUUAACGAAAAUGGACGCACUCUACAUAACUACUCGUUCGCAUUUAAAGGAAAAACUACAAGAUGAAUUUUUCCAGUUUUCAUAUCAUUUCAAAAAAUUCAGUAAAGAAGAUCAAGUUGAUUGUCUGUCCAAGUACUGGGGGAGCAACCUGAAAAUGUCACUAGACGGGCCAAUCCAAUUAUUCAGCAAAUCAUUAGUUGAACGCUUGACAACAACUUUGAAUGACAGAGAAAGUGAUUUUAUUGGGAUUCCUUUACAAUGUCGAAUGCUGACCGAGUGCUUUGAGUCCCAACUCCAAGAUACAAUCCAACAAGGAUUACCAAUCGAUUGUCUUAUUGAAAAUAUCUCAGAGAAUGAUUUGGAUUUGGCAAACCUCUACUCCCUUUUUAUGGAAAAGAAACUUGAAAUUUAUCGCAAAGAAAAAUUUAAGGCUGACCCUCACAAAGCAAACUUGUCAAUUGAUGGAGAAAUGAAACGUUUGGAACAGUAUUGAGAAAAUUGGCAAUAAAGACAAUUGUUUCUUAUCCAAAGCAUUGUAAUGUAUUGUUGGGGAAAUGGAACUCAUUUCAGUCCAAAGAAGAAAUUUGUCAAGAAGAAAAAGACUUCACUAGUGGCGGCGUUUGUUUUGGGUUCUUGGAUAAAACCGAUAAAGGCAAAGUCAAGUUCUUGCAUCGAACCUAUGCCGAGUAUUUGUUCGCCAAAUAUUUGUACGCGGGAUUUCUCCCUGAAGACGACAAGAAUUGCAACGAUUUACUCACUUCGAAAUCCGCAAGAAAAGUAAUUUUAAUGAAGAUUUUGGGUGAUGAUUAUGGUUCAUAUGAUUGCCGUGGAGUGCGAGUGUUUUUUAAUUCAAUGUUAAAAGAACGUGUGCAGCCACGAGACAACAUACCUUUCCCAAUCGAAAAAUAUGAUGACGUCUUGACUAAAGCUAUUGAGGAGACCAAUUCAAAUAUCUUUCUAUUUACGUGUGAUUACCUUGACAUGAAAUUUAGUAAAGAAGUAACUGGACAAUUUAUUCGCGAAAAUUUU